UACCGACCCUUCGUUUCCCUUUCCAAACCCAAAAAUCUCUCACUGUCGUUCCUCACUAACACACACACCCUGCGCACGUUAGCAUCUUCCCCAUACCCAUUUCAGUAGAAAGAGAGAGAAACCAAAAGAGAGAGAGAAAGAGAAGAAAACGAUAAUGGCGUCGGCAACGAGAGUAGAUCUGGAUGGGAAUCCGAUAAAGCCAUUGACAAUAUGCAUGAUCGGAGCUGGUGGCUUCAUUGGUUCUCAUCUCUGCGAGAAGCUCAUUCACGAAACUCCUCACAAGAUCUUGGCUCUUGAUGUUUACAACGACAAGAUCAGGCAUCUCCUUGAGCCUGAGACUUCUGAAUAUGCUGAUCGUAUCCAGUUCCACCGACUUAACAUCAAGCACGAUUCUCGUCUUGAAGGCCUCAUUAAGAUGGCAGAUCUGACGAUAAAUCUUGCUGCGAUCUGUACUCCGGCGGACUAUAACACUCGCCCGCUCGACACUAUUUACAGCAAUUUUAUUGAUGCUCUUCCUGUGGUGAAGUACUGUUCCGAAAACAAUAAGAGGCUCAUUCACUUCUCUACUUGUGAAGUGUAUGGGAAAACGAUUGGAAGCUUUCUUCCCAAAGACAGUCCUCUUCGUCAGGAUCCUGAGUAUUAUGUUCUCAAGGAAGAUACAUCUCCCUGCAUCUUUGGUGCUAUUGACAAGCAGAGAUGGUCUUAUGCAUGUGCAAAGCAACUUAUUGAAAGGCUGAUUUAUGCUGAGGGUGCGGAAAAUGGUCUUGAGUUCACCAUUGUGAGACCUUUCAACUGGAUCGGUCCCAGGAUGGACUUUAUUCCCGGCAUUGAUGGUCCAAGUGAAGGUGUUCCAAGGGUUCUUGCUUGCUUCAGUAAUAAUCUCCUACGUCGGGAGCCUCUCAAGCUUGUGGAUGGUGGUGAAUCCCAGAGAACUUUUAUCUACAUAAAGGAUGCUAUUGAGGCAGUUCUUUUGAUGAUCGAAAAUCCUGCUAGGGCCAAUGGGCACAUUUUCAAUGUGGGCAACCCUAACAACGAAGUUACCGUCAGGCAGCUUGCCGAGAUGAUGACUGAGGUUUACUCAAAGGUCAGCGGUGAGCCACCGAUAGAUUCUCCAACCGUUGAUGUCACCUCCAAAGAAUUUUACGGAGUGGGAUACGACGACAGUGAUAAGCGAAUUCCGGACAUGACCAUCAUCAAUACACAACUUGGGUGGAACCCAAAGACCUCCCUUUGGGACUUGCUUGAAUCGACUCUUACAUACCAACAUAGGACAUAUGCUGAGGCAAUCAAGAAGGCGAUUGCUAAAUCAACCAGCUAAAUUUCUUGGGUGGUCUCUGGUGGCACUCAAGAGAAGGAUUCUUUCUUUCUUGCUUAGAGGUUUGCUGUCGUUUAUCAUAAUCAUCUUCAUCACCAUCGUCAUCCAGUGUUUCUUAAAAUUCUUUUGUUUUUAAGAAUGUGAAGAUAUAUAUAUCUUAAUCAUCGAAUCGAAUAUACACUACAAUUUUAUUCUUUUUUUUUUAUAUAUAACUUCUCUAUGGGGUCGUUAGUCCUAGUUAUAGUAUCACCAUCAUCAUCAUCAUCGUCACAUUCACUAGUAGAAUGAAAGAGAAGAAAGAUCUGAAAUAUCAUAUAUCUUACAUAUAUAUAUGUGAAAUGUUUUCUACUAGAGUUUUCAUUUUGGGCUAAACGACAAUCAAGGGGGACAACCAACUUGUUAUACUGAGGGGGAAAAGCUGUCGUUUCUCUCUCUUUAAUUUUUCUUGUUUCCUUAAGCAUUGUCAUAUCAUAUUCCUUUCUUUCUUCUGUUAAAAGCUGUGUUGUAUUAUUUAUUUAGUUUGACCUCUUGUGGGCCCAUUAAAUUAUUAUUAUAAUUAUUUAUUAAUAUAUUUAUAUAUUUCCCA